AUGGCCCUCGGUGGUAUCGAUCUCCAAUUCUCGUUACCGCUCCCUCAACCGAUGGAGAACCCGAAACGAAGGAGCCGAGUCGCAAUGCCAUGGCUCCAACCUUCUGCUUCUACGCCAUCUAUGGAGAAGUGCAGUAGUCUCCUAGACAACUUUUUGACGACCGCAGAAGAGCGCAUGUUCUUACGGAACAUGAUGCCCAUGACGCCAUCUAUGCAAAGGUGCAGUAAUUUGCUGGACAACCUUUUGACGACCGCUGAGGAGCGCACAUUAUUACGGAACAUGAUGCCCCGGACAGCGUUCCCGAGUGAGACCAGCAACAUGCAGCCAGAGGUUGAGAGAAGCCUUGAAGACCCGAAAUGUACGCCACUCUUGGUCGCCUCGUCGCAGGUGGAAUAUAACCCCUUCAUGAUUGGGGUUCCAAAUGCACCAGAAGAUGAAUUUUUGGUCUUCUAA